GCAGCCGUAGAGAGACGUCAGUUACGUCGGCACGAGAAGAAGAAACAAAACAGCUUCCAGAGAUCAGUUUCUGUAAAGGGGCAAGAAAACGAUGACCGCAGACACAUUUAUUGUUCCUCACAGGCAGCAAGAUUUGGCGACAUGUCCGAUUUAUUCCUGGUAACACUGGGUGAGGAGUGGAAGCGAGCCCGCUUGCUAGCUCAGUUUAGCCCCUCUGUGUGACAGCUAACGUCAGUAGCCUGAAGCUAACUGGUUACUUCUCGUUGAACAAGAUUAAGCAAUCAUGACACAGAAAGUCAAUCUGUGCUCUGUUUCCCUCGGAGUGCAAGGUAUGACUUGUGGUUCUUGCGUCCAAUCCAUAGAGCAGCGCAUCGGGUCUCUCCCUGGUGUGAUUCACAUUAAGGUGUCUCUAGAGCAGAACAAUGCCACCAUCAUUUUUGACCAAGGCCAACAGAGCCCAGAGUCUUUAUCAGAAGCCAUUGAGGACAUGGGCUUUGACUCCAGUCAGUCAGAGUCAAGCACAGCCACACCUAUCUCUACAGAUACCAUGCUCAUCCCCACCUCAAGCCUGACACCAGCAGGUCAGCAGGAGGCUUUGGAGAAGCUGUCCCAGAUCCAGGGUGUGCUGGAUGUCAGGGAAAGCCCAGCACAGAUGGGUCUCACCGUCACCUUUGUCCCUUCCCUGACUCCUUCCCAGCAGCUGAGUGAGGUUGUGGCCAGCGUUACACCGCCAGAAAUCACCACACCCAGCAGCCCCCUGAAAAACGGCCCAACCAUGUCCCCAUCUCACUCAUCAGGAGUUGGAGUAUCACUCCUGAAGUUGCGCAUUGAAGGAAUGACCUGCCACUCCUGCACAACCACAAUUGAGGGAAAGAUUGGAAAACUGAAAGGAGUUGAAAAGAUCAAAGUUGUUUUGGAGACUCAGGAAGCUACAGUCGUGUACCUGCCUUACCUCAUCACUGUCCAAACCAUCGUUGACCAGAUCGCUGUGGCCGGCUUUAAGGCAUUUGUCAAGUCCAAGCCUCAACCUCUUCAGCUGUCCCCCUUGGAUGUUGAACGUUUUGUUGACUUACAAAAACCAACUGUUUCUUCACCCUCAGACUCGACAGAGGAGACUGAAAUCUUCAUAGACACAACACUCACAACUCUCAGGGUAAAGGGCAUGCACUGCCGAUCAUGCGUGGUCAAUAUCCAGGACAAUAUCUCUUUGCUGCCUGGUGUCUCUUCUGUGGAGGUGUCCCUGGAGAAUGAGAAAGCAUCUAUUUGCUAUGAUCCUUUAAGGAUCACAGUGAAUCAGUUACAGCAGGCCAUUGAGGCUCUGCCCCCAGGAAACUUCAAGACUCAACCCUGGGACUCCCCUUCUCCUCUCAGUCCUGUCCCUACAUCGCUUACGUCUGCCUUACCGUCACAGUGGCCUUUAGGAGCACCCAAGGCCACAUCUGCUGCCUUACAGACUUCUUUUAUUCAGCCUUUAGCAUCUACAGCUACUAUUCACAUCGAGGGGAUGACAUGCAACUCCUGUGUCCAGACCAUUGAGGGCAUGAUCUCCAAAAGGAAAGGCGUGAUGUCUGCCCAUGUAUCUCUGUCUGAACACCAGGGAGUCUUUGAGUACGAUCCACUCCUGACCACACCGGAAGAGCUGAGGGAAGCCAUAGAGGACAUGGGCUUUGAUGCCUUCCUACCUGAGACCAAUUCUUUGCUGCCUGAAUCCAAUUUUGGUCUCUCAAAGUCUACAAGCCCAGCACCUUUGAAAGAACUGGAUGGUGAUAUUUUCAGAGAAACCCCUAAGGAACGCAGCAGAGAAUCAAAUUCCAAAUGCUUCAUCCAGAUUGGAGGGAUGACCUGUGCCUCCUGUGUAGCAAACAUUGAACGAAACCUCAAGAAUGAAACUGGGAUCUCUUCAGUUUUGGUGGCACUGAUGGCGAGUAAAGCAGAAGUUCGUUACAACCCUGAACUGAUCGACCCUGGGAGGAUCGCUGAUUGUGUGAAGGAGCUUGGCUUCACUGCCUCUGUGAUGGAGAACUACGAAGGCUCAGAUGGAAACCUUGAGCUAGUGGUCAGAGGAAUGACAUGUGCCUCUUGUGUUCACAAAAUUGAAUCCAGCCUUAUGAGAGAAAAGGGGAUUAUAUAUGCUUCUGUUGCCUUAGCAACAAACAAAGCACACAUUAAGUAUGACACUGAAGUAAUUGGCCCACGAGACAUCAUUAAAUUGAUAGAGAAUCUGGGAUUUGAAGCAACAUUAGUGAAGAGAGACCGCACUGCAAGUCACCUGGACCACAGCAAAGAGAUACGACAGUGGAGGAAAUCUUUCCUGGUGAGCUUGAUAUUCUGUGUUCCUGUCAUGGGCAUGAUGGUCUACAUGAUUAUUAUGGACCAUCAGAUGCAUUCUUCUCAUCAACACAACAUCACAGCAGAAGACCGAAACCGCUUUCACUCCACCAUGUUCCUGGAGAGGCAGCUCCUCCCAGGCCUGUCCAUCAUGAACCUCCUCUCCUUUCUCUUCUGUGUGCCUGUACAGUUUAUUGGAGGUCGCUACUUCUACAUUCAAGCGUACAAAGCUCUCAAACACAAAUCUGCAAACAUGGAUGUGCUCAUAGUUCUGGCUACCACCAUCGCCUUCACCUACUCACUGGUUGUCCUGAUAGUAGCAAUGGCAGAGAAGGCAAAAGUCAACCCCAUCACUUUCUUUGACACACCGCCAAUGCUCUUUGUCUUCAUUUCUCUGGGACGCUGGCUGGAACAGAUAGCCAAGAGCAAAACAUCAGAGGCUUUGUCGAAGCUGAUGUCUCUGCAAGCAACUGAAGCCACUGUGGUCACUCUCAGCAGUGAUAAUUCUAUUCUCAGUGAGGAGCAGGUGGAUGUGGAGCUUGUACAGCGAGGAGAUGUGGUGAAAGUUGUUCCUGGAGGGAAGUUUCCAGUAGAUGGGAGGGUCAUUGAGGGACACUCCAUGGCUGAUGAGUCUCUCAUCACAGGGGAGGCCAUGCCAGUGACUAAGAAGCCUGGGAGUACUGUGAUUGCAGGCUCCAUUAACCAGAACGGCUCCCUGCUGGUCAGCGCAACACAUGUUGGCAUGGACACCACACUGUCUCAGAUUGUCAAACUAGUGGAGGAGGCACAGACCUCAAAGGCUCCCAUCCAGCAGUAUGCAGAUAAGAUCAGUGGAUACUUUGUUCCCUUCAUUGUUGGCAUAUCUGUCCUUACAUUGAUUGCCUGGACUGUCAUUGGGUUUCUGGACUUCUCUCUGGUGGAGGAGUACUUUCCUGGUUAUGACAAGAGCAUCUCUCGUACCGAGGCAGUGAUUCGCUUCGCCUUCCAGGCCUCCAUUACUGUAUUAUGCAUCGCCUGUCCCUGUUCCCUUGGCCUGGCGACCCCGACAGCUGUCAUGGUGGGCACAGGGGUUGGAGCCCAAAAUGGCAUCUUGAUAAAGGGAGGAGAGCCACUCGAGAUGGCACAUAAGGUCCGGUCCGUGGUGUUCGAUAAGACUGGGACCAUCACAUAUGGUGCUCCAAAUGUCAUCCAAGUCAAGAUAGUUGUGGAGGGCAACAAGAUGCCUCGUUCACGACUGCUGGCUAUUGUCGGAACAGCUGAGAACAACAGUGAACAUCCUCUGGGAGCAGCUAUCACCAAAUACUGCAAGCAGGAGCUGGGCACAGAGGCUCUUGGUGUGUGCACAGACUUUCAGGCAGUGCCUGGCUGUGGCAUCCGCUGUCAGGUCAGCAACACAGAGACUCUGCUGAAACAGGCAGACAGCGACAGUGAGGACAACAACCAGCGGAACAGCAUCCUCGUCCAGAUCAGUGACACCAGAACGUCGGCCACCUCACAUCCUCUCAUCAUGGACCCACAGCCCCUAAGUGUCGUCCAGACAGACACUUACGUUGUCCUGAUUGGAAACAGAGAGUGGAUGAGGAGGAAUUGUCUGCAGAUCAGACCAGACAUAGAUGACGCCAUGGUAGAGCAUGAGCGGAGAGGACGCACUGCUGUUCUUGUAGCUGUGGACAAUCUGCUGUGUGCAAUGAUAGCCAUAGCUGACACAGUAAAACCAGAAGCUGAGCUGGCUGUCCACACUCUGACCAACAUGGGGCUGGAAGUUGUGCUAAUGACUGGAGACAACAGCAAGACUGCAAGAGCCAUAGCAUCUCAGGUGGGUAUCAGGAAGGUGUUUGCUGAGGUGCUGCCCUCCCACAAGGUAGCCAAAGUGGAGCAGCUGCAGCAGGAAGGAAAGAAGGUCGCCAUGGUGGGCGACGGUGUCAACGACUCGCCCGCUCUGGCCAUGGCUGACGUGGGCAUAGCCAUAGGAACGGGGACAGAUGUGGCCAUAGAGGCAGCAGACGUGGUGCUGAUCAGGAAUGAUCUCUUGGAUGUGGUUGGCAGCAUUCACCUUUCCAAAAAGACCGUCAAGAGGAUUAGGAUCAACUUUGUGUUUGCUCUUAUCUAUAACCUGAUUGGCAUUCCUAUAGCUGCUGGUGUGUUUCUUCCCAUCGGUUUGGUGUUACAGCCGUGGAUGGGCUCUGCUGCUAUGGCACUGUCAUCUGUCUCUGUGGUUUUGUCCUCCCUUCUUCUCAAAUGUUACACGAAGCCUACUGCUGAAAAGUUGGAGGCCAAGCUGGGGGGCAGCAGGCGGCAGGGCAGCCUGUCGGACGUCAGCGUUCACAUUGGCAUGGGUGAUGUACGUCGUCCUUCGCCCAAACUCAGCCUGCUGGACCGCAUUGUAAACUACAGCCGUGCCUCCAUGAACUCCCUGCGCUCUGACAAGCACUCCCUCAACAGCCUGGUGCUGAGCGACCCUGACAAACACUCCCUGCUGGUGGGGGGAGGGCUGUGCGAGGAGGAGGAGGAGGCCUGCUGAAUACGCGUCAUCACACGGGCCUUAAUUCAAGGCAAGGCUGUGCUAAGUUAAAAGGGUUUUAUUGAAUAAAGGCCCAUCCAUCCAGCAGUUGUAGGUGCCUCAGGGCUGCACUAUCCACUCAGAAAGCUCUCAUGCCCCUUGUUUUCUGUUAGCUCAGCCAGCUGAUCACAUGCACUUCUAAACAUGUGAGUGGUUUCUUCUUUCAGUUGCAGACUUUCCUUUGUUGAGGCCACCGCCCUGCAGCAAACCCUUUUCACCAACUCCUUGACACUUUGAUCCUCCAACACUCUGCUGUUUGCAGGGAAUGAAGCAUCUUCAGAGCCUUGAAGCAGGCAUGCACAUCCAGGACGUAGAAUAAUCAUCAGCUCUGCCUCUGUGCUCUUCUGCCUGUACAAUCUUUAACAUCAAUCCAAAGUUAUUUUAACAGUGGUUCCCCUUGAAUGAGUGGACACUACAGAGUUAUAUUUUAAACAAUUUUCCUUCAGUGGAAAAUUAUAACUGUCGUAAAAUUAUAUUCCAGAGUAUUUAUAUGACCAUUAUUUAUCUUUUUUUUUUUCAAUAUGUCUCAUGUGAAAAUUAAGUUGUUGAUUCCAAAUGCAAAUAUUAAUCGUAAAUAUCCUAAAAUGUGUGAUAACUGCAUAUAAGAAAAACCUAAAACUCAGUCGAACAAUGAAGUGUUAAAGCAGAUUUUGUGCAAAAUGCUAAUGGAGUGAGUUGAAAUUGUGGGUGUUACAUAAGUGCCAAUUGAAAUGCCACCUUGGCAAAGUCCAACACAUUCCAAAGAUAGCACUGAGUGUACACAGCUUACCUUGGACUUGAUGUGCACUAAGAGCGAUUGCAGAAAAGGUCAACAAUUUAAAAGCAGAGACGUGAAGAGGUUGACUGUGAAAGGCAACAGAAAUGCAGUUGUGUCGACCUGCUGCAUCUUUGGAUUAUUAUUUAAAGUGUCAGUGAAUGUGAACAUUUUCCUCGUUAUACUUAAACAGGAGUUGUUACACGUGCUUGCAUUUAUUUUUCUUGUUGCAAAGAAAACAAGGUUGUGAAGCAGUUUGAUAUGAAAGGCCAAAAUGUAAAUGCGUUUGUAAUGUUAUCACGCUAAACAAGACGAUGUUACUGUUUAGUAAAUUUGUGACUCUUUGUAAAUCCUUGUACUUUUUCACACUGUUGCACAUGAUCAAAGAUAAACAGGGAACAGUAACAGCCAGAUCAGCUGACUAGACACAGAUGUGUCCCAGCAUUCCCACCAAACAAGUUACUGACAGACAGCUGUGGAGAAACGGAAUAGUUUCUAUCCUAAUGUUAAGUGUUUCGAUUGUAACUGCUCUGAUUUUGAAUUUCCAUCUUGAUAUUUUGAUGGUUAAACUGCCUGUGCUUUAUUUUUCUUCUAAGUCAAAUCGGUAAAUCAUCUCUACAGUUCAGCUGAUUAUUGAUAAUAGUAUAUCCUCCUGCUGUCCAAUGGUGCAUCAUGGCCCUUAGCUGAGUGCAACUAUGCCAAUCUGUUUUUGUGCUUUGCUUUGGAAAAACAUCCAUGUGUUCAGUCUGUCAUUGUUCUAAACUAUCUGUGCCUUGGAAUAAAAUGCCUUUGCCACUGAAA